AUGUCUGGAGGAUCCCGUAGUAUACAAGCAUUUGUGAAACAAAAAUCUCCACAUUGUGUCUGGACACAUGACGUGCGCCAUAGAGAAGCUCUGGCUUCCAAAGAAAUGAAUCCUAUUCUGAAUGCUACGCUAACAACCGUUGUAAUCGUAGUAAAUUGUGUAAAAAAUGAGAUCCUAAAAUCAAGAAUUUUUUCUGCACUUUGUAAAGACAUGGGUGCAGCGAAUUCAGUGUUACUAUUUUAUUGCGAGGCAAGAUGGUUAUCAAGAGGGAAAUAUUUGCAACUUGUUUAUGAAUUAAAAAAGGAAGUCGCUAUUUUUCUAAAAGAGGAAAACCGACGGGAAGCCGAAAAGUUUAAGAAAUGGUUUGUCUGUAAUGAAACUGAGCUACUUGACCGACAUAUUCGAGAAGUUAAAUACCUGUAUCUUUAA